CACUUAUGUUCAAUGUGGGAACCAAGUAAUUUUGGUCAUUGAUUAAUUCUGCAAUUGAGCAGAGGAGCCAUGGCCAAAAUCGCACUUGGAAGCACCCGAGAGGCCACUCAGCCAGACUGCAUUCAGGCCCUCAUCGUUGAAUUCAUAGCCACCUUCCUCUUUGUCUUUGUUGGCGUUGGUUCUUCCAUGGUCGUUGACAAGCUUGGUGGGGAUGCACUAGUGGGAUUGUUUGCUGUGGCCGUGGCACAUGCACUUGUGGUGGCUGUAAUGAUCUCCGCCGCCCACAUUUCCGGUGGCCACCUCAACCCCGCCGUCACCCUUGGCCUCCUCGCCGGUGGUCACAUCACCAUCUUUCGUUCCAUGCUCUAUUGGAUUGAUCAAUUAGUAGCAGCCGCAACAGCUUCUUAUCUCCUUUACUACCUCUCAGGAGGACAGGCAACUCCAGUUCAUACGCUGGCCAGUGGAGUGGGGUAUGGUCAAGGAGUAGUUUGGGAGAUUGUGUUGACGUUUUCUUUGUUGUUCACUGUGUAUGCGACCAUGGUGGAUCCCAAGAAGGGAGCACUUGCUGGGCUUGGGCCAACGCUGGUUGGGUUUGUGGUUGGGGCCAACAUCCUCGCAGGUGGGGCUUACUCUGCUGCUUCUAUGAACCCAGCAAGGUCUUUUGGGCCUGCCUUGGUCGCUGGAAACUGGACCGAUCAUUGGGUUUACUGGGUUGGGCCUCUCAUUGGUGGUGGCCUUGCUGGUUACAUCUAUGAGACUUUCUUCAUUGACCGAUCUCAUGUUCCACUUCCUCGUGAUCAAGAAAACUAAACAAUAGGAUUGACAACUUGGACUUUCAUCCCUUCUUAAAAAAUGCUGCAUUAUUGUAGUUAAUUUAAUCUAAUAAUAAUCUUUCUUUUUGCGUGUUAUGUAUGUUUGAAAAGGUCUAUUUAUGUAUAAUAUAUCGUUAAAUGAUCUUCCCCAAAAUAAGAUCAACGAUUUAGUUGAGAUCUGGCACCCUGUGUAGACUUUGUGGACAGGAAUGAAUGAAUAAAUAUAUAUUUCAAUGGCUUCUGCUUUA